AUGCGUUCUUGGUUUGUAUUGAUAUUAUUUGGGAGUCUACUCGUACAGACCCUAAGCAGACCACAACAGACGGAAUACAGCAAUGACAGCGGUGACGUGGAUGAGGCAGAGGAAGAAGAAGAGAGUGAACCGGCAGCCGAAGAACUUCUGACUGAGGAAGAUGAAUCACGCCUGACUGAGAAUGAGCCUAGUGUUCAAGAGGAGGGUGAGGUACCGCGCAGUAGACACCUGCUCGAUUUAACCGAGAGCCGGUAUCUACAACGCAAUACCGCCGAUGACAGCCUUGCCCAAACCAAAACUGAUAAUGACCUUAUAGAUUCUAAACUCGAUAGAAAUCGAGAGACUCGCGAGAACAGCCUGGAUACCUCACAUUUCAACGAACCCCUCGGUCAAUUCCCCAGAAAUCCCCAAUCAAAUACAUAUAUUGAGUCCGCCGAUGAUCAGCAGGAAGCAACACAACAUUUAACCAAUCGUGAUAUAAACAAAUCCAAUCGCAUUAUACAGGACCCUGCAGAAAAUCAAAUCAAUAAAAGAACGGUUGAGUUUGAGAGUCCCUCUAAUGAAGAAGGGGAAAUGUUGUUUGAAAAAAGUAGUGACCAAAUAGGCAAAGCUGACAAAAACGAAUACAGUAACAAUGAAGUUUCCCAACCUGACGACCAGCCACAUUAUUACAAGCAGUACUACGACGCCUUGCAAGCUGAAAAUAGAGAUAAUAUGAUCGAAGACAAAAGUCGUGAUAGUGCACAUUACACCUCUCGAGAUAGACGUGAUAUAAAGGACGCUGACCAAGUAGAUACUACAAAUGCAUCCAAUAAUCCAGGUAGUAAAGAAAGCAACGACAAAACAGACAGUGAGGAUGAAGAGACUGCGAUCAAAAGACACAUAAAAAAACUGUCAGGAGAGGAAUUGGACCAGCUUAUGAAUUCUCUUACCGAUGAAAAAAGAGAGCUACUGAAGAAGAUAAUCGAUGACGUGGAUGCCAAUGAUAAUGCAUUCAUAAACAAACGAGAAAUAACCAAAAAAGCGGGAGCUGUCGAAGAAAAUAACUAUAUCGAAAACUGUCAAUCGGAUCUGAGUAAAGUACAAGGUGGUAGCCCUAUUUCAGAUAUAAAUACCGAAUCGUCACCAGUGUCGAACAGUGAAACCACAGAAAUUAGCAAUAAACAACCAGAAGGUCCUACUGAAUCGGCUGACUUAGCCACUCCAAAGAGUGCUGAAACCAGUAUAAGCUCCAUCAAUAAAAUAGAACUACAUAACGAUGAAGCAAUACAACUGAAAAAAUCUGACAGUAAUCUCAAUACAUUUACUAUUAAUUUAGACCCUAAAAAUCAAGGCGAGCUGGUUGCUAAUGUUCAAGUUACGACGAAAACGGAGAACAAAAGAGAGGUCAACUUAGAAGAUUUGGAGGCACUUGAUGAACCCAAAACGAUGGAAAAUGAUUUGAAUCUUCAAAAUGCACAAGACUAUGCUGGUGACCAGGGAUACUUCUGUUCACAGGAGGAUAGCUUAUCUAAAUUAGAUGAUGACCAACAAAUUCAACAAGAAGGCAAAACUUACAAACGAGAAACUUAUCCCGAAAAGCAACCAGAUGUAUCGGAUUCCAUAAAAUCAUUGGAAGAAUCGUUCCCGAAUUCAAAUUCUUAUGACGAUACAGCGCCUUAUUCUGGUCCAUUAGUUAGAGUAAAACGAAAAAAUUCCGAACAAAUAAUUAAAAAAAGAGCCGCUGGUCUUUUGCCGGACGCCAAAGUAGCAUAUUUUCCGUACAAAGCAGAAAAUGAGGACGAAGAUAACGAUGAGGGUAAUGAAUUCGACGAUGAAGGUUUUUACGACCGCACUUCUAACUUCGCCAAUGGAAACAAAGAUUUAGAUGACGAGGUCGCCAAUGCUGAUAACGCUGUACCAGCUAAAAACACAAACGUUGACAACGCAAAACUGCCACAUGAAAAUCUAGAAAGUGACACGAUGAUGAGCCUCGGAUCAGAUACUGAUAGUGUUUUAUCCGGCGUGGAGGGCGUCGAUGACAAUCUUAUGUUCAGUAGUGGCACAAGAGACAGACGCACAGCUGAUGAUGGUUCUAAUGGCUCAGAGGAGGUUAAGUCAGAGCCGUCAACUUCAAUACUAGAAAGUGAACUCAAACCUGUUUCAAAGAACUACUUCAAUGUCCCACAAUACCAAGAGAAUGAUGCAUUUGGGGCUCUCCCACGAAACUAUGAUGGUGAUUUAGCCAGAUACAAGAGAAUAAGACGGGUGAAACAAUCUCAUAACACCCAAGAACUUUCUUCUUCUGAUGGCUAGCAUAGAGUUAUUAUUUUUAAGUAUUUUAAAUUAUGUUUGCAUUCAUUAGUUUGUAACUUUAAUUUACAUUAUUUGUAUUACGUAUUUAUUUAUAAGUAUUCAAAUGUUAAGGUUAUUUAAAAA